CGUCUCCUUAAUUUGCCUCCCUCACGUACUGGUGAGUCUAUGGCUUCUGUCACACACCUACCCAGCAUCAGCAGAACCAACAAUGAUCACAUCACAUUCUCGCAAACCUUUCACCCAAUAAAGUCUCACCCCUUUGGGCAGAUUUCACUUCCCAUGAGAAAAAACCAUGACUUGUCUCCCCUUAGCCACUCAAUUGUUGCUUCGGGUUCCGUACUAGGAAUCACCUCCUCCGAGUCUAUUCAUAAUGUUUCCAAAACAACUACAAAGCCCACACACACUUCUACUCUUUCCAAUUUCUGGAGAGAGGUUCAAGGGUGCAACAACUGGGAAAACCUUUUGGAGCCUUUGCACCCUCUUCUCCGCCAAGAGAUCAUUCGCUAUGGCGAGUUCGUAACGGCCUCAUACAAGGCCUUUGAUCUCAACCCAAACUCCAAACGAUACUUGAACUGCAAGUAUGGGAAGAAGAGCAUGUUGAGUGAGGUGGGAAUGUCAAACUCUGGCUACAACAUCACAAAGUACAUCUAUGCCACACCUGACAUAAACCUCCCCAACAUGACUUAUAACAACUCUUCUUCAUCUUCUGCUCGGUGGAUUGGUUACGUGGCUGUGUCCUCAGAUGAAGCUGUCAAGAGACUUGGCAGGAGAGACAUAUUGGUAACUUUCCGCGGAACAGUUACCAAUCAAGAAUGGAUUUCGAACUUGAUGAGUUCAUUGACACCGGCCAUGCUUGAUCCCUAUAAUCCACGACCUGAAGUGAAGGUGGAGUCAGGGUUUCUCUCUCUUUACACCUCAGAUGAGAGCUCAGCUUCCAACAAGUUUGGACUCGAGAGUUGCAGGGAACAGCUUCUCUCUGAGGUGUCGAGGUUGAUGAACAAGUACAAAGGGGAGAAAGAGAACCUUAGCAUAUCCUUGGCUGGUCACAGCAUGGGGAGUGCUUUGGCCAUCUUGCUUUCCUAUGACAUAGCCGAGCUUGGAUUGAACAAAAAAAGUGGCACUCACGAGGUGCCAGUUACUGUGUUCUCCUUUGGGGGACCAAGAGUUGGUAACUCCGAAUUCAAGCACCGGUGUGAGGAGUUGGGAGUGAAAGUACUAAGAAUAGCGAAUGUUAAUGACCCCAUCACGAAACUACCCGGUGUUGUGUUCAACGAGAAUUUUAGGGUUUUGUUGGGAGGGAGGUACGAGUUUCCUUGGAGUUGCUCGUGUUAUGCUCACGUGGGGGUUGAACUACUGCUUGAUUUCUUCAACGUGCAAAACCCAUCUUGUGUUCAUGACUUGGAUAGCUAUAUUGGCCUUCUUAGGCGUCCCAAUAAAGAUGAAGUGCUAAUGAAGCGCGAAAGGGAUGAAGAUGGAGUGAACUCUUUGUUGGAGAAAGCAAGAGAGUUGCUCUUCAACUCGCAAAGCAUGAAAAUUUUGGCCGGAGUGUUAACUGCAUACAACUACCAUGAUUUGCUGAAUUCAGUCUCAAGGGACAUACUGUGUUCUUGGAGCGAUGAACUGCUUUUUGGCUUGGUUUUUUUUGUUGUUGUAGGUAGUAACUAG